AUGAAAGAUCUAGAUUUAGGAGUCGAAUAUGUCAUACCCAGCCUGGGGUACAAAAAUGUUCGGGAACCAAACCAAGAUGAGAAAAAUGAGCAAGAAGACUUCAAAUAUGAGAAGAAAAAAUCGCAGCUUGUGGAUUGCCAGGAUGCUUUGGAGACAGCUGCACGAGCAGAAGGUCUUCCCUUGGACAUCUCCAUGCACUCCAACUUGCAGAUACUGAGUGAGCAUCACCAUAACAGCAAAUAUCACUAUGGGUUGCAUCUACUUAAACCCUUUCGGCUUACGUCGAAACACCAGCAUCCAGUGGAUAAUGCAGGACUGUUUUCCUUCAUGACUUUCUCCUGGUUAACGCCGCUGGCACGUGUGGCUUACAAGAAGGGUGAGCUCUUUCUUGAAGAUGUCUGGCCUUUGUCUCAACACGAGUCUUCUGAUGUCAACAGCAGACGCUUGGAGAAACUGUGGCUUGAGGAACUGAAGGAGCAAAGUGCAGAGGAGGCUUCUCUUCGAACUGUUGUGUGGAAAUUCUGCCGCACCAGGCUAAUUAUCUCCAUCAUGUGCCUGAUGCUUACCCAGCUGGCUGGCUUCAUUGGUCCAGCAUUCGUAGUGAAAAGCCUCUUGGAAUAUACUCAGCAAAGUGAUACAGACCUCACAUACAGCUUGCUCCUAGUUUUUGGGCUCCUGAUGACGGAAGUCGUGCGUUCGUGGUCCCUGGCACUUACUUGGGCGUUGAAUUAUCGAACUGGUUCACGGCUUCGAGGGGCGAUACUGACCAUGGCCUUCAAGAAAAUCCUGAAGCUGAAGAACAUAAAGGAGAAAUCCAUGGGGGAGUUGAUCAAUGUUUGCUCGAGCGAUGGGCAGCGUACGUUUGAAGCCGCAGCAGUUGGUAGUUUGUUGGCAGGAGGGCCCAUUGUUGCAGUGCUUGGAAUGGUUUACAAUGUCUAUAUUUUGGGUCCCACUGGUUUCCUUGGCUCUGCAGUUUUCAUCCUCUUUUAUCCAGCAAUGAUGUUUGUGUCCAGACUUACAGCCUAUUUUAGACGAAACUGUGUGUCUGUCACAGAUGAACGUGUUCAAAAAAUGAAUGAAGUUCUAAAUUACAUCAAGUUUAUAAAGAUGUAUGCUUGGGUCAAAGCAUUCUCACAAAAUGUUCAGAAAAUCCGAGAAUGUGAGAGGAGUAUUCUUGAGAGAGCUGGAUAUUUCCAAAGUAUCACUGUGGGAGUAGCGCCCAUUGUGGUUGUCAUUGCCAGUGUGGUGACCUUUUCUGUGCAUAUGAUGCUUGGAUAUGAUCUCACUGCUGCCCAGGCUUUCACAGUUGUUACAGUCUUUAACUCCAUGACCUUUGCUCUGAAGGUGACUCCAUUCUCGGUCAAGUCUCUGUCAGAGGCUUCUGUAUCAAUGGAACGGUUUAAGAGUUUAUUUCUAAUGGAAGAGGUUUACAUGGUAAAGAAAAAGCCAUCCUGCCCAAACGUCACCAUAGAGCUGAAAAACGCCACAUUGGCAUGGGACUCUUCUCAUGCCAGCACACAGUGCUCUCCGAAGGGUACCCCUAAACUGAAAAAAGACAAGAAGGGGCCUAAGGGCAAGAAAGAAAAGGCCAACUUACAGAAAGAGGGGCCACAAGCAGUUUUGGCAGAGCAGAAAGGACAUCUCUUGGUGGAUAGCGAUGAACAAGGCAGCCCAGAUGAGGAAGGCAGAGAUAUCCAGCUAACAAGCUUAAGGCUACAGAGGGCCUUGUACAGCAUUGAUCUGGAAAUUGAGAAGGGAAAGCUAGUUGGAAUAUGUGGCAGUGUGGGCAGUGGAAAAACAUCUCUGAUUUCUGCCAUUCUUGGGCAGAUGACUCUUCUCGAAGGCUGUAUCGCUGUUAAUGGUUCAGUUGCUUACGUUGCACAGCAAGCGUGGAUAUUAAAUUCAACUCUUAGGGACAACAUCUUGUUUGGGAAAGAAUACGAUGAAGAAAGGUACAACACUGUGCUGAGUGUCUGUUGUCUAAGACCAGAUUUGGCUAUACUGCCCAACAGUGAUUUAACUGAGAUAGGGGAGCGUGGAGCAAAUCUUAGUGGUGGCCAGAGACAAAGAAUUAGCCUGGCAAGAGCUUUAUACAGUGACCGCAGCAUUUACUUUCUGGAUGAUCCUCUUAGUGCCUUAGAUGCCCAUGUGGGCAACCACAUCUUCAACAGUGCCAUUAAAAAGCACCUGAAAUCUAAGACUAUUCUGUUUAUCACCCACCAGCUUCAGUAUCUUGUGGACUGUGAUGAUGUUAUAUACAUGAAAGAAGGCUGCAUAACAGAGAGAGGGACACACGAGGAGCUUAUGAAACUGAAUGGAGAAUAUGCUACAAUAUUUAAUAACUUUCAGCUGGGAGAUGCACCUCAUAUUGAGGUGAGUCUAAAGAAGAAUGUGAGCACUUCAUUGAAGAAACCUUUGGACAAAGCUAAUAAAUCAGGGUCUGUGAAGAAAGAAAAGGUUGUAAAAAAAGACGAAGGUCAGCUUAUGCAGAUGGAGGAGAAAGGUAAAGGAUCAGUACCCUGGUCUGUUUAUGGCGUUUACAUACAGGCAGCUGGAGGUCCAUUUGCAUUUUUGAUCAUCAUGGCUCUGUUUGUGCUUAAUGUAGGAAGCACAGCCUUUAGCAACUGGUGGCUAAGCUACUGGAUUAAACAGGGCAGUGGGAACACAUCUGUGCUGGUGCACAAUGAAACACUUGUCAGCAACAGUAUGAAGGACAAUCCCCAUGUACUGUACUAUACUGGCAUAUACGCAUUGUCUAUGGUCAUAAUGCUUCUUUUAAAGGCUAUUCGUGGCGUUGUCUUUGUCAAGGGUACGCUACGAGCUUCAUCUAAGCUCCAUGACGAGCUUUUCCGGCGUAUUCUCCGGAGUCCAAUGAAAUUCUUUGAUACUACUCCCACAGGGCGUAUUUUGAAUAGAUUUUCUAAGGACAUGGAUGAAGUUGAUGUCCGGCUUCCCUUUCAAGCUGAAAUGUUUGUUCAAAACAUUAUACUAGUGUUCUUUUGCCUGGGCGUAAUUUCUUUUGUCUUCCCGUGGUUCCUAGUAGCUGUUGGGCCGCUAGUUGUGCUCUUCACCAUAUUGCAUGUUGUUUCUAGGGUUUUUAUCCGUGAGUUAAAGCGACUGGAUAACAUCACACAAAGUCCAUUCUUAUCACAUAUUACAUCUAGUAUUCAAGGACUGUCCACAAUCCAUGCAUAUAAUAAAGGUCACGAGUUUCUGCACAGGUACCAGGAGUUGUUGGACAGUAAUCAGGCUCCAUUCUAUUUGUUUAACUGUGCCAUGCGCUGGUUGGCCAUACGUCUGGACAUAAUUAGUAUUUCCCUGAUUUCCACCACUGGCCUCAUGAUUGUUUUGAUGCAUGGCAAUAUCUCUCCAGCAUAUGCUGGGCUUGCUAUGUCGUAUGCAGUACAGUUAACAGGAUUGUUCCAGUUCACGGUUCGGCUUGCUUCAGAGACAGAAGCUCGUUUCACAUCAGUGGAGCGCAUCAGUCAUUACAUAAAGACUCUGGCUCUUGAGGCUCCCGCUCGUAUCAAGAACAAGGCUCCUCCAGCUGAUUGGCCUCAAGAGGGAGAAAUGGCAUUUGAAGGUGCAGAAAUGAGAUAUAGAGAAAACCUGCCGUUAGUGUUAAAGAAAGUGUCGUUUACCAUAAAACCCAAAGAAAAGAUUGGAAUUGUGGGAAGAACUGGAUCAGGAAAGAGCUCCCUUGGCAUGGCUCUUUUUAGACUGGUCGAGCUCUCAGGUGGAUGUAUUAAAAUAGAUGGUGUAAAAAUCAGUGACAUAGGCCUAGCAGAUCUGCGAAGCAAACUGUCUAUCAUACCCCAGGAACCAGUUCUAUUCAGUGGGACUGUCCGCUCAAAUCUGGAUCCAUUUAACCAGUACAGUGAGGAGCAGAUCUGGGAUUCCCUAGAAAGGACACACAUGAAAGAAUGUGUGAGUCAGCUACCUCUUAAACUUGAAACUGAAGUUUUGGAGAAUGGGGAAAACUUCUCAGUAGGAGAGCGACAGUUGAUGUGCAUUGCACGGGCUUUAUUACGGCGAUGUAAGAUUCUAAUUCUUGAUGAAGCCACAGCUGCUAUGGACCCAGAGACUGACCUUUUGAUCCAGGAAACUAUUAGAGAGGCCUUUUCAGACUGCACAAUGUUGACUAUUGCUCACCGACUCCACACUGUUCUUGGGUCUGACCGUAUAAUGGUGCUAACACAGGGACAGGUCACGGAGUUCGACACACCGUCUGCCUUGCUGUCCAAUGAGAACACUCGAUUCUUCUCCAUGUUUGCUGCAGCAGAGAAUAAGAUUACCGUUAAGGGUUAA